AUGUCAGCUGUCAAUGACACCAAAUUCAAAUCUGCAGUGUUCCUUUUCACCGGAAUAUCUGGUCAGGAAGACAGGCAUCUCUGGAUAUCUCUCCCCUUCUGCUUAAUGUAUGUUAUUUCCAUAGUAGGAAAUUCAGUCAUUCUGUUCAUUAUAAAAACAAAUCCAAGCCUUUAUGAGCCCAUGUACAUCUUCUUUUCCAUGUUGGCCACCACAGACCUUGGCAUAUCGAUAGCCACGAUGCCAACGAUACUUGGCAUAUACUUGUUUAACUCUAGGGAGAUCAGCCUCAAUGCCUGUUUUGCCCAGUUGUUCUUUAUCCACUUGUUUCAAUGCAUUGAAUCCUCAGUGCUCUUGCUGAUGGCCCUUGACCGCUUCAUCGCGAUCCGUGACCCGCUGAGAUAUGCCUCCAUCUUAACCCUGCCGAGAAUAGCCACGAUGGGACUGAUGUGUGUUUUAAGAGGAGUGGCAGUAAUGCUCCCACUCACCAUUCUCCUGAAACAGUUCCAAUACUGUCGAGACAGUGUCCUCUCCCAUUCUUACUGCAUGCACCAGGAAGUAAUGAAGAUGGCUUGUUCGGACAUCACAGUCAACAAUAUCUAUGGUUUGUUUACUAAACUCUUAACAAUGGGUCUGGACUCGCUGCUCAUCUUCCUCUCUUAUAUAAUGAUCCUCAAAACAGUGCUGAGUAUCGCAUCCAACUCUGAGUGCCUCAGGGCCCUGAACACCUGCAUCUCCCACUUCUGCGCUGUCCUUAUCUUCUAUACACCAGACAUCUUCUUGUCUGUGAUACACAGAUUUGAGAAUAGCUUUUCUCCCUUGCUUCAGAUUCUCCUGGGCUACAUAUCGCUGCUGCUCCCUCCCUUGCUGAACCCAAUUGUGUACAGUGUGAAAAGCAAACACCUUCGUGCAAGAAUAAUCAGGGUGUUCAUCAAGUAA